CAGUGGCGUUUGUACUUUUAUUUAGUGCGUCAUAAGCUUAUAACCUAUCACUUGCAGAAACAUUUAAAAAGUAAAAGGGAUCAUAAUAAUUGCAUUUGCUUUUUAUUUAGUGCUUUCUUGAAUAAGUUAUUUUACAUAUAGUAACAUUACAUACAGUCCAAAAGACCCAAUAGGGCCUCAUAAUUACAUUUAUAAUAUAUAUAUAUAUAAUUAAAUUAUUUGUCAAGUAUGGUGACCCAUACCCGAAAUGUGACUCUGCAUUUAACCCAUCCAGAGAGUAGUGAACACACGCACAGCAAGUGGUGAACACACGUACACCCGGAGCAGUGGGCAGCUAUCACUGCAGCACCCAGGAAGCAAGUAGGGGUAAGGUGCCUUGCUCAAGUCGUUGGGCACCUCAGUCGUUACCCGCCGGCCCUGGGGAUCGAACCGGCAACCUUCUGGUCACGAGUCUGACUCUCUAACCAUUAGACCACGACUGCCCGAUUUACAACAAUAAGCCAAAUUGAUAGGCUACCUGUGUGUUAAACACUAGAAUACAAAAUGUAACGGGUUUGAUACAUUAACAUAUAUCUUGAUAACUCUAUAUUAUGACGUUAACCAUUACAAUGUUUUGCACGUGCUGUGUGCAACUAUCUUCCUGAUAUCUUGAACAUUAUAUUCACAGAAAGCGACUCUGACUCUGGUCACAGUGAUCAUUCAUCAUCCAUUUGCAUACGACCAUCUCUAACACACAGACGAAGCAGUGAGUCGAAGAAGCAGAACUAAAUGAAACUGCCUCAGACAGUCACAGUGAGGACGCGCAGACUGAAGCAGUGACGCGCCACCGUGCGCUUGGUCACUUCUUACUGUCUCUACGUAGAGGCAACACAUAGAAACGCACAGGACAGAUGAAUAAAGAGUGUGUAUCUGAUCGAACUAAUAAGACGAAAUGUUCAGCAAACACCAGGCUUUUUAAGUCCCCAAACUGAAAAGCGAAUGUGACGUGACCAUGAGACUGGGAAAACCGUGUGCCCUGCCAUGCUGAGCAUCUCCAUCGCACUCCUGCUGUCUCUGACUGCUCCCGCGCGCUGUUCCCACAGCUGGAGCGACGAAGAUCUCCUUCUUCCACCCAUCAACUCCUCCAACACAUUCCUACCCAGCCUGGAGGUGGACGUCGGCUUCUCAAAGAGGUCCGUGGAGGAGACCGAUGCGUCCUCGCAGUGCAACGUGAGCGUGGAGAGGCUUCCCACCAAACUCGUGGCGCGGUGGGACAGCAACUUUGGUUUCCAGUGCGACGUGCUCAUUUACACCACCAACAACCAUGGCAAGGCGUUCUUCUCCGCCGCCUUUAACCGGGCGAUCUCUCCGGUGUACAUCGAGCACCUGGGCGUCACGGGUGCGCAGCAGGAGUUCAGACUGUGCGUUGGAUGCGGUCUGUCCAGAUACAGAAGAUUCAGGCGAGGCAGGUCAGAGGGUCAACAGAUGGGCGACUCCGUCCAUUUCUGCUGUCUGGAUUUUUCUCUUGAUGAGCUGAAGGGGGACAGGAGCUGGAGGCUAAAUCGCAAACCCAUAGAGUCCACUCUGGUGGCUUGUUUCAUGACCUUAGUCAUAAUAAUAUGGAGCGUCGCUGCCCUCAUAUGGCCGGUUCCCAUUAUCGCGGGAUUUCUUCCGAAUGGAAUGGAGCAGAGAAGGCCGAGAUAAUAGAAUAUAACGCACUCUUAAAAACAAAUGUUCCUAAAAGGUCUUUAACAAACAUCCGUUGCACAAAAGGUUUUUUUUUAAUGAUGGGAAAGGUUCGGCAGGUUAUCAAAAGGUAAGACAGGAAAUCUCUGACUAAAAGGUUCUUUUGAGAACCAAAAUCGUUCAUCUAUGUCAUCAACACCGUUACGCAUUUAACACUUUUUUACGAGUGUAGAAUAUAAUCUUUAUUUAUAAAAUCUCAUUCAAUUUCUCAUAUUUGUUGUCUGACAAGACAUGUGAUUGUGCCCUUGUUAAAUAGGCGCAAUGUAGGCUAAUACAUUUGCCUAAACAGAACUAUUCGUGUGUUGUUUAAACAUUGUUUUUAACAUUUCCUGGAUGGAUUGGGAUAUUAGAUCCAUUUUUUUUAUAAACUGAUUGUAAUAGCUAUCUUUCAUUAUAUGUGGCAUUCAGAUGUAAUUUGAAAUGUUUGUAAUAUUUUCAUUAGCCUAGGCCUAUUAGAUUUCUGAGUAAUUUUUAGUGAAUUACAUGUCUCAGGAACAUAAAGCUCUUUUAAAGACGUUCAGUGUAAAGCAAAGUGUAAAGACAUCUAGCUAACGUUUGAGUAUUUGUUUGAUAUGUUAAGGAAACAGAUGCAACAAUGUUUUUUUGAAAUUGUCACUAGAUUUUCAAAUGUUUAAAGACAUUGCGUUUUUAUGUACAGUAGGCUAUUUGUAUCAACCAGUAAUCAUAAAAACAGAUUUUAGUACAGAUUUAAUGUAUUUAUUGUUUAAAACUUCAUCACAGCCAUAGUUUAGUUGAAAAAACAAGCGGACACAACAUUUUUGUACAGUACUGUGAACAAAUUGAACUUUGUAAGGUUUAUACUAUGAAACUCUGUAAUGAUUGUUUUUUGCAGUAUGUUAAUAAAUCAAUAAAAUAUUUUUUGAGGGUUUGUAACUCAAUACAGUAAUAUGUAGCCGAUUAGUCAUUGGUGUAAUGUAAUUAUGCAAUUAAGAUGGGUUUAAGACUGUGGUUCUGCUAUUUCCAAUCUUUACUCUUUGUUUAUUAACCUGCUGUGCACAGAUUGACUUUUUAGUAUUUAAAUGUUUGCAGUAAGACAACUUUUGAAUAUGACUCCAUCGUGACAAAUAUGUCACAGUUUAUGAGUCAUAUAUAUAAUUUGCAUGAACUGUCUAUUCGUUACCUUAUAACUAUUUAUACCACUAUAUUUGCCAACUAAACAAUAUAAAUCUAAGAUAUGUAGCAUUUCAAAUUACAAGCAAAUACUAGGCCUGAUUUAACCUAAAGUUUUAUCCUGCUCCUGGAAAUACUGCCAUCUUCUGCUGAGCCAUUGUGUAAACAUGACUGUACACUCUUAUUGUGCUUCAUUAGAUAUUCACCAUAGUAUGCCCAGACCACUCAAAAUAGUGCACAACAUAAUGGGACAAGUGGAAAUUUCAGACAGCUAUAGGUCUUUAGGCUUGCUCUUUUGUUGAUCAAGUAUUUCACACACAAAUGUAUUACACUUGGUUUCACAGACAAAGCUUAAACCUAGUCCCAGACUAAAAUUAAUGUUUGAAUUGUCUUAACUAAAAACAACUUGCCCUUGCAUAUCUUAAAAUAUAUCAGUGCAAUUGUUUUGUCUCAAGAUGCACACCAGUGUUUUUGUCUAAAGCAUUUUCAUAAAUGCGACUUAAAUAUCCUAAUUUAACUAAGACAUAUUCCGGGCUUAAGCUAUGUCUUGUCUGAAACUGGGCCUAGAAGUCUUUAUUUAUUGUUUACUUGUUUUUAAUUAAAUUAUGCAGUCAUCUUCAUGUAUCGAUGCCAUUUUGUCAAGUAGUACCACACACAAGCUUGUUAGGUUCUAAAUUCUUAGAGAUUUACUAUGCAGUGUAAAAACGGCAAUUAAUUAAAUGUUGGAAGGGCAAAAAUAUACAAGUUGAACCAAUAUUCUUGUUCAGGCUUAGUUAGGAAGACAUAUUAUUUUAAGUUAGCAUAAAUAUAUUUUAAAAACAUUAAACCAAGGGUUAUUUUCAAAUCCAGUCAACAUUCAGAAUAGCGAAUGUUGGCUGAACUAAUUAAAGCAAAUCUAGUCCAUAUGGAUUUAAGACAGCUAUACAUAUGCGUUGCGCAGUACAAUGCCCAUAAUACUGUUAUUCGGUCAUGAAAAUUAGUUUUAAGAGUUGUUCAGGCGAAAAUGUAUUUGUUUUAAGUUCAAAUAUGCGGUAAAUAAAGAUAGCGUAUAUUUGAAAAUUUGCUCGGACGCUUUCGGAAAGUGAUCUCCAGGCGAUCACCGGGCGUUGAGUGCUCGUACCCCGCCUAACGCAGCCUCACCUCGGACAAGUGCGUCUGAAAUUUAUCGCUGGUUGUGACGUCUCUGUGGCGCUUAAACAUGGGAUUUAAUUCAUUUUUGCUAUAUCUAAAGGCCAAUCUUUGGUCUUAUAAAUCUAUAAUUUUCCCCUGGGCAAAUCGUUUUGUCUUAGGGCAAAGUUAAAGGAGAGGUUGUUCGAAUGGUUUUACUAGAUGUGAAAUGAGUCUCUGGUGUCCCCAGAGUGUGUAUGUGAAGUUUUAACUCAAAAUACCCAGCGGAUCAUUUAUUAUAGAAUGUUGAAGUUGCCCAUUUUUGAGUGUGUGUAAAAACGCACCGAUUUUGCUAUCUCUUUAAAUGUUAAUGAGCUUUUCGUCCCAGCCCCCUCUCCAGAGGGCGGAGUUUCAGGAACUCGUGCUGAUGCGUACCGGUGUUGUGUAAUAUUCAGUUUCCUUGAAAAACUGUUGCAGGGUUAGUUUGAAUAUUCAUAGUUCGUCCCGUGGUGGGCGUGGCCUUUUGAACUACGACCAAGCAAAUGGAAUAGAGUGUUAUCUUCGGUUCUUCAGCUCUUUUUUGAUGAAUUAUUUCGUUAAGGUAAUACAGCCGAAUGGUCAUAUGCCCCGUUUAGAUGUAUGUUAUUCACAUAAUAGGCUAAUGCUUAUUGUUUUUCAUGUGCUUUUAUAAAAACGCUUUCUCAUGGCCAUAUGGCAAUGUUUUAGCUGUAUAAGUGUAACAUGCGUGCCUACUUGCUGUGUUUUUAUUUUGCUGCAGCGUAACUUUCACAACUUUUCGUAACUUUCAUUGACUGCAAUAAAACUCAGAUGUCGUUAGAUGCAUGUAUAAAUAAAGAUUUGUUUCAUGUUCCCUUGUGUUAUUUUGUCACGUAUUUUGUUAAAAGCCUUACAGCAAUUCAAAAGAACAAUGAGCAGCUGAGAGGUGUUGUUUACGUGUUUUCCCGAGAGCUAAAAGGCAAUUUAAUUAAGAGAAGAGAGACCAAAAGACAAAAAAAGGACAUUUUAAAUGUAGUGCCCAUUUGCCUUAAUUAAACACAUACACAAAGAGUCAACGUUUCACAUUUUAUU